AUGUAUAUCGAAGAAGUAUCGAAGAUUGCAACACAACUUGGUGGAUUUAUAUUAUGUUUUGGAUUAGUUUCGUAUUUUGUCAAAGAACGACUACGUGUAUCUGAAGCACUGAUAUCGACGCUAGUGGGAAUUAUUUUGGGCCCAAAAGUGUUAAAAACACUUGAUCCGACACUAUGGGGGUCAACAGACGAACUUAUACAUGGAUUUACUCGGAUAGUCAUGUUCUCCGGUGUGACGUUGCCUAACUUAUCUAGUAAAAGAAAAGAAAUCUUUAGCAGUUCUCUUAAUACCCGUAAUGAGUUGCAUGUGGCUCACAAGCGGAUUAUGAUUUUUACAAUUGUAUUAUCCAAGGCCGAAUCACUGGUUCUGGCUUCAUGUGUAACUUCUACUGAUCCCAUCUUGGCUAAUUCCGUAGUCAAAGGGAAGUUCGCAGAGAAACACGUUCCUCCACAUAUUCGAAAUUUACUUUCUGCCGAAAGUGGUGUAACCGAUGGAAUGGCGGAACAGUUUUUGUACCUUUCAAUAUAUCUUAUGGAUCUACCCUUUGGUCAGGCGAUUGGACAAUGGAUUCUGAUUCCAAUUCUAUAUAAAAUUGGAUUGUCUAUUGUUAUUGGAAUUUUUACAGGAUAUAUCGCACGAAAAUUGUUGUAUCUGUCGGAAAAAAACCGAUUAAUAGACAAAGAAUCCUUUUUAGUAUUUGCCAUAGCGUUAGCCUUGUUUCUAACGGGGUUUGUGUCGAUUGUUGGCGGUAGCGAUUUACUGGCAUGUUUCAUAGCUGGAACCUCUUUUACUUGGGACGAUUGGUUUCGGAGAGAGACCGAAGAAGCUCACCUACAAGAAGUUAUCGACAUGCUGCUCAACCUGGCUGUAUUUGCGCUCAUAGGGUCUUUAAUUCCAUGGAAAUCAUUCGUUGAUGUCAUUGUAUGGUGGAGAUUAUUGAUACUUUCGAUAAUAAUAUUGGUGUUUAGAAGGAUGCCAGCGGUAUUUGUGCUUUCGAAGAUGAAUUUAAUACCAGCUGUUAAGACUUAUCGUGAAGGACCCAUCGGUGUUGGCGCGAUAUACUGCUCGACUCUUGCCAAACUUGAAUUAGAUAGCGGUGAUUCACACAAAGCCCUUAUCGUGUUUUUCUUGGUGUUUAGCUCCAUUAUGGUUCACGGAAUUACAAUUCCGCUAGUUAUGAUUUCAAAAAGGAUCAACACUCGUACAUUCACAGCUGGUUCCGUAUACAAUCAAGUUUCACGACUACCGGUGAUCCGAAUUGGUCAAGAUGUAUUUUUUACAACAGAUGAUAAGGGAAAUAUUCUACCAUCU